CGAGCGAGUGGUGAAAAGUUUGAAAAGAGAGAUGGUGGACUGUAGCUCUCUGCAUUCUCCACCUACUGUGUUUUUUGAUUUAGAGACGACUGGCCUGGACUCCUCGUGUGAAAUCGUCCAGCUGGCCGCGGUGAGCGGAGGUCACACUUUUAACCUCUUCAUGGUUCCCCGUCGGCCGUUCCAGCGCGGAGCCUCCAGAAUCACAGGCUUCAGUGUGAAACAUCAGCGUCUGUUCCUACAUCGCCGGCCGCUGCUCACCAGCUCCCUCAGAGAAGCCCUGCUGUCCUUCAUCAGCUUCCUGCGCAUGCUGGACCGCCCGCUGCUCCUCGGACACAACAUACGCAGGUUCGACUGUCCCGUCCUGGCCAGAGCUCUGGAUGAGGUCAACCUCCGCUCACAUUUCCAGAGAGAAGUUUCUGGCUUCGUCGACACUCUUCCUCUGGCCCGACAGCUCCUGAAAGACCACGGCCUGCAGAGUUUCAAGCAGGAGAGCCUGGUCAAGAACCUGCUGGGGGUCUCAUAUGCAGCCCAUAAUGCACUAGAGGACGUGCAGGCGCUUCAGAAGCUCUACUGGAGGCUCAAGCCCUCGGCCAAUCAAAUUCAGCAGCACACAUUCACUCUCGACUCAUUGGCUGAUCCACCUGUCAAUCUAAUUCCAGUUACAGUAUCAGGACAGACUGGUUUGUGUGAGACUUUCAGGAAGGCGAUGGAUAUUACAGGAGAAAAACAGAAGGAUUAAUUUCUGAAACAAGUCCAGCUGGUCUCAGGUCAGAAGCACUCAUCCUUUAGUUAAAUCAGUAUUUAUAGGAGCAGCUGAACUGGUUUAGUGUGAAAAUAAUGAAGCAAAACUGCUUAUUGGUAAUAUAAACUGAUAUUUUAUUGGUGAUCUUUAAUAAAAUUAUUUAAAUAUAUUUGA